AUGUUAUCUAAAUACUAUAGUUUACAAUUUAGAUAUAUUUUCUAUUAUUAUUAUAUCAUGCAAUUUUAUAAAAAGUAUAGUUUGCAGUUUAAGAUUGUAAUAUAAAUGUUACUCAUAUUUCAGUAUAAUAAUAUGAUCAUAUGGAUGAUGAAAUCUGUUGAUAAAAUUUAGAGCAAUAAACUGAAUCAACUAUUUCAACAGUUUAUAGGUUGA